CCAAAAAAAAAAUAAAGUGGACUUCGUGAUGGAAUAUUUCAACGCCUUUUUCAUGUUCGUCUUCUGUGGAUUUCUGUUAACUCAUCAUUGUGCCCAAGGUCAAGCGAAUAAAGUGUCCUCCAAGCUGGAUUUCGAUGAAAACGAGAAUAACAACCAGACAGGCAUUCUCGGACAGGGGCAGGGACAGGGACAGGGCCAACAGGGUGGAAAUGGCAGCUAUGAUCAGGGUACAGGACGUAGUCUAAGCGGAGGCGGUACUACUAACGGAGGGGGAGGUGGUGGCAGUGGAAACAGUGGCAAUCGUCCAAAGAUACAUGGGGUACGCGUAACCGUCGAUACGGGGAAUGGACAGCAGCAAACGAAAGAGUCCAAGGAGAGCGUUGAAAUUACGGACUUGGGUAAACACAAGAAGCGUGUGGGCAUCCACACGGACAUCACGUUUGAGAUUACCGCCGAGGGGGAGGCAAAUGAGACAAGCUCGGCCCAGCAGCAGGGUGAAAAGGAGGAUGCCAGUGUACCCAUUUACAAGGGACGUGGAGGCAGCGAUUCGAAACAUAGAACCAGAAAACCCUAUGAUCCCAAAUCACAAUGGAAUCCCAAUUUCUCUAGUGAACAUAGGGGAUAUGAUACGGGCGGAAGUCGCUCGGGCAGCAGCGGCGGUCGAGUAGGAGGCGGUGGCUAUUACACACCUCAAUAUUAUCCCCAGGAAGUCUAUGCAAAUGGAGGUUCGGGCAAUAGCGAGACUUGGACUCAUUAUGUACCCGUUUGGACUACCGAACGUUCACCCCAUGAGCAAAGUCAGAUUCAGAGGAGACCCAGUUGGAAACCCUGCUAUUGUAUGUCUUCAUAUGGCUAUGGAUCGGACUUCAGACGUCGUCGGGAUAGUAAAGCUUCCAGAGAUCAAGCUUCCCACGGUGUGAUCAAUAGUGGAGUUAUUCAAGUUGAUGGUAAAUUAGAGCGUCCAUUCUCAUGAGUUUGACUUGAUAAAAAUAAAAUGUUUAAUGACAAUUAAAUUCA